UUGCUGCUUCUCUCAUGCUGGAUCGGGAGCUGUCCAUGCUGCGGUUGAGCGAGAAUGAACCUGUGCAGCCCCUACUGGACAAGAUGAGGGAACUCUACGCGAAAUUGGCGAUUGCAGGCAUCACGUACCCUGAGCAGACUAAGUAGUACAACAGCCAGAUGGAGAAUCACACAUGGGACCUGGUGUACUUGCCAAAUGGGAAGAAGGCGAUACAGUGCAAGUGGCUGGCAAAAAUCAAGACGGAUGAGAAAUGAGAGCCAUCAGUUUACAAGAGCAGGCUGGUGGCAAAGGGGUUUCAGCAGA